UGUGGGCCUGUGGGGACACAGAGGCCUCAGGGGAGGGAUAGCCGGGGCUGACCCUCGCUCAGGCCCACCCAGCCCCAUGGAGAGCUGGCCUUCACCAGGUGCUCACUACACCAGACCCAGACCCUCACACGCUUAUUUAAAUUUGAGAAUCUGAUUGGCUUUACUCAUGGCAGCAUCCCAUCUAGUAAGCGGAAGGGUGCUCCAAGGAGCUGUACAGAAUGGAGGCUUCUGUGGGCACAGGAGGGUGCGACAAGGAGGUUAAAAGGGUGGGCACCUUCCCUUGGGGGAGGCAGGGGGUCUUAGGCAGAUCACCUCCCACUGCUGAUGGGUUUAAAUUUCCACUCUAGGGAGAGGCUAAAACUUCAAUUAGAUUAGGUAUUAAGUCUUGGUACGAUUCUCAUAAGUGACUCCGUUUAGGGCCUGUUGUUUCUUUUUAACAGUCCCCCCUUUUGAUCAAACUCUUAGCCUGAGAGAUAGGAUCAAAAUUUUAAGGCAUUAGUGCCGCUCACAGCUACCACCUGUAUUAUCUCAGCUUUUGCUGAUUCUGUUUGGGUUUUUGUUUUUGUUUUCCUCAAUCUCUGGGAUCCACAGGUCAAGACUUCGGGUUCACAUUUUUUAAGUCCGUCAUUCCCCACGUCCUUUUCAAUAUUCCAGUCUUAAGGAGAUCAUUUGCUUGGUGGUUAGUGGCUGCGAACAUGCCUUUAAAGCUUUUGGGAAAACAUAAUGCACCAGGGGUAUGAUUAUGAUGAUUAAAAGCAGGACAAACCCCAGUGUUUGGAGUCAUCAAGACCAAACCAAUCAAAGGCCCCAUGGAAGGGGCCACCCUUUUAAGCCAAGUGACUUGCCCAGGGAUCUUAUGCAGCUGAGUUUCCACCUCCCCAGAAGAGUGGGUCCAGAUGAGCAGGUGGUGAUGGCCAUGCACAGACACCUCCUGGCUCAGCUAGAAGACAACCAGAGGCUUUCCUUCUGUCGAGAACAACUCUGGCCCGAGUCUGAGGACUUUUAUCGGGCACUACCCAACCACUUCAUGUGCGGGACCUCAGUUAACCCACGAUGGAAGAUGCCCCCACCAUCCCUGUUCCACGGCUGGGGAGACUGAGAGGGUGUGCACUCAGAGCAGGACUGUGGUUUGAGUUCCCGGUUCCCUGCAAGCAUUUCUCUCUCCAGGCUCAGCACCCCUGCCUUGUCUACUGGCAUCUAUUCCCUUCCCCCACCCCAGAAACGCCGAGAUCCGGGCAACAGCGCUGGCAGGGCCAACGCAGACAGGGUUUCUGUUCCCCCAUCCUUUAAAAGCAGAUGUUUUUGAAAGGGCACAUUUCACCAGAUGGUUGCAAGCGUUUGAAAAGCUGAUGCAUGUUACAUGCUUAGAGCCUGGCCCGACUCAGAGCAAAAGCUCAAAGGGGCUCCUUGUCCUCAGCACCGCCAAGACAAGGUGCUGGGAGCUGAGAGCCAGGUGAGCCAGGGUGAGCCAGGGCCGGGCUCCAGGACGACUCAGGGGCUGGGCCCUGGCCCUCACCCAUCUCUGGGGUUCAGCCCUCCCCACAAUCAGAUGUGCGUUACGGAAAUACCCCCAAGAAUGCAUAUAAGUAUCAGGGGUUCCCAGAGCACCUGGGGAGGGCCCUAUGGGCAGGGAAGGCCCAGGGGAUUUGGUCACCACGGAGCCCGGUGCCCAUGAUGGGCACUGCCUUCAUGCUGGGGCUCCACAGCCCAGGGCUCACAUGAGUCACACCCGCGGGGUGCGCGCUCUCGGUCAGCGCGUCUGCAGGCAGCACCGUGUCUGCGUCCCCACGGGCCAAGCACUGACAGAGCUGCGGGCUCAGCCACGGAGCUGGGGACGCUGGGUGCAGGGCACGGACGGCACCAGGGUCAGGGCACUGCACUCCCCAGCUGCAGAAGGCCUCUGCGUGUGGCUGUUGCCAGACUCACAACGGACUCAGGAGAGAUCAGACCCUAACUGCCCCUGCUUGGAAGGCGUGGACGUUAAACUGAAGGGGCAGAGACCCCCCACCCCAAACCGCCCCAGAGGCCAGGCUAGCACCGUGGGGCCAGAGCAAGGGUCGGACAGGGACACAGGGACAGAGCCUGCUGGACAGGACACCAGACAUGCACUGGGCAGGCCCCAUCAGGGACACCAGGACAGCGUCAGAGCCAUGCGGAUGUGCUGCAGGCCACGUGCACGCCAAGUGACCCUGGGCAGGCGCAGAUGGCCUCAGACUGUGUCAGCACCCAAAGAACGUCCUGAGGAAAGGAAGGCAUCAGGAUGUCCACACGGGGAGCGGCUGAUGUGGAAAGGUCUCCAAGGGAGACAGAUCUGCGUCUCCAUAAGGAAACUGCCCAGAUGGGACAAGAACAGAGACGAGCCCCCAGACUCAGGACCACGGUGAUGCCGGCCCAGACGAGGCCCCACCA